AUGACCGUUAUGAUGAUGACGCGCCGUGUGUUUUGUCUUUUGACUUUGCUGCUAAGUGUGGCAUGUGUUUCUGCGGUGGUUGAAGGGACUACUGCUCAGCCUUCUCAGACUACUGUUCUUGGGACAGCAGCAGCUUCACUUGGUCAGUCUUCUCAGUCUCCUCAGACUUCUGGUCCUGUUCCUGGGGCUGCUGGGUUACGACAGAAUACCGAUCCUCAUGGUGUUGGUCAACCUGGUGUUCCUGUACCUCCUCUUGGUACUUCUCAUUCUCCUGGUGCUUUGCCUCCUCAGACCGUAUUCCCUGGUUCUGGUUCUGUUUCUGCACAUCCUGCUACCGGUCUUAUACCACCAUCACUAAUACCACCAUAA